AUGAACGAGACACCGUCCGGCUCUGCGGUUGCCUCAUUGCGCCGACAGUUUUCCCAGAUGAAAUUGAGAAUCUCAUCAAGUUCCGAAGCGGUCAGGGUGUGGCUUGAAGACAUGACCAUAAGAGCAACAGGUGUUGCAAGCGUGCUAGCAAGCCAAGACAAACGUUGUCGCGAGCUCGCGGAGAAAACCGCAUUUGCCAAUGAGCAAGUUCUCCAACGAAUGUCACGCCCAGAUUCUGCGGAUACGGCUGCGACUGAGCUCUUCAAUCAGCUUUCACAAUCACUGAACGACCUCAACAGACUGGUGCACAAGUAUGAUGAUGCGGAGACAAGAUAUCGGGGGUUGACUGAAGAGCACAUCCGAGCUCUUGAUGAACAUCUGAAUUCAAUUAUAAUCAAGUUUUGGCUCAAGACUGUUGUCCAAACCAAUGUACGACUGGAUGAUCAUGAUUCACGUUUGGGGUUAUUGGAGGGACGGGGCAACGGGUUUACUGCGUUUGAGGUGUAA